AUGUUAGCGGCCUGGAGCGUCUUCGUGGUCUCUGCUCUGCUGACUCCCUCCCGAAGUCAACUCCUUCCAACCGACGCGGUCAUCCGAGUCAACCAAGGCGUACUGCGUAAUGCUGUCAGCAACUCGAUGGCCCAAAGCAACGCCUUCCAAGGCGCCAUGAGAGAAGUGCCCCUUGGCGAUGGAGAGGUGGUGGUGGAGGAGGACUUCUUGGAGGUGUGCUUGGUGGUGGUGGUGGAAGAGGAGGUGGUGGAGAAGGACUUCUUGGAGGUGUGCUUGGUGGUGGAGGAGGAGAAAGAGGUGGUGGAGGAGGAGGACUUCUUGGAGGUGGUGGAGAAGGACUUCUUGGAGGUGUGCUUGGUGGUGGUGAUGGAGGAGGUGGUAGAGAAGGAGGAGGAGGACUUCUUGGAGGUGUGCUUGGUGGUGGUGGUGGUGGUCGAGGAAGAAGAGGACUUCCUGGAGGUGUGCUUGGUGGUGGCAAAAAAGGAGCAGGAGAAAGGUGGAGGUCCAGGUGCCAGCGGUCUGCUGGGCCAAGGAGGCUUACUGGGUGAUGGAGGUCUGCUUGGCACUGCAGGAAUUCUUGGUGGAGGUGGGGGCUUCCUCGGCAAUGGAGGCCUGCUGGGCAACGGAGGCCUACUUGGUGGAGGUGGAGUCCUUGGCAUCCUUGGGGAAGGAGGUCUUCUCAGCACGGUCCAAGGACUGACUGGAUUGCGAAUUGUGGAGCUGACCCUUCCCAAGAUCAACCUGAGGCUUCUACCUGGCAUUGGGGUUCACCUGGAUUUGUACACCAGAGUGGCACUUAAUGGGAAGAGCCUUCUCGGUUUGCUUGACGUUGCGGUGGAGGUGAACAUCACAGCCAUUGCCCGUCUGACAAUGGAUGGCACUGGCUACCCCACACUGGUGAUUGAUCACUGUGACACGCUCCUGGGAGGCAUUAAAAUUAGACUUCUUAGAGGCCUUCUUCCAAUUGUGGACAAUUUAUUAGCCCGUGUCCUGAACAGACUUCUUCCUGAUCUGCUUUGUCCCGUCCUCGACGUAGUCCUGGGCCUUGUCAAUGACCAGAUUGGACUUGUGAACUCUCUGGUUCCUCUGGGAAUACUGGGAAGUGUCCAGUAUACAGUCUCCAGCCUUCCAUUGGUCACAGGACAUUUCCUGGAGAUUGAUUUAAAUACGGUGGUUGGGCAUGUGGCCGGCCCACUCAUCGACUACCCGCUGGGCAAGCCGGAAUCCCUCCCUCCACCCCCCCGAGUGCCCAUGCCACCUAUGCCACCCAUGGAAGACACAACCAACUCUCAGCUGGGACUGUCGGUCAAUUUCCUCAGCUCCGUGUUGGGCGUCUUGCAGAAACAAGGGCUCUUGAACCUGGACAUCACCGAGGGAAUGUACCCUCAACUUCCUCCUCUGACCACUUCAACUCUUGGAGCACUGAUUCCAAUGAUCUUUCAGAAGUUCCCCGAGCCUCGGCCCCUUCUGCUGAAGGUCUCGGUCCCUGAGGCUCCAACCGUGAAGCUGCAGAAAGACAUGGGCGUGAUUAAACUUCAAGCCACCGCAGAAAUCUUGGCCACGGAGCCCAAUGGUGAAGACAAAUCUCUCUGUGUCCUGAACAUCGAUGCUUCUUUGCUGGCCAAAUUUUCUGUCGAAGACAACAAGCUCAAAAUCAGCACUCAGCUAGACAAGUCCCAGGUUAAGCUGGCUUCCUCCAACGUUGGGAAAUUUGACAUCUCCCUGAUGGAGGGAUUGGUGGGCAAGAUCGUUGAAGAGGCCUUCCUUCCUGCCCUGAAUGGCGUCUUAGGUGGAGGAGUUCCCCUCCCAAAACUGCUGAACAUCGAUUUCAACAACGCCUCGGUUGAUGUCAUCGAAGAUCUGCUGGUGUUGUCUGCGUAA